AGAUCUAGCGGCGGCCACACUGCUCUGCUCUGCAAUAACAACAUAAUAAUUUUAAGCUAUUUGCGCUGCGAAAAGUGCAAUUUACGCAAUGCAGCACACGCUCAGACGUUGCCUGGGCAUGGCCCGGGUGCCCCUGCUGCGCCUCCACCCCAGUGCCACAGUCGUUGCGACCACUAAACUGGAACCGGCGACGAUUCCAAGGCGCAAUUUAGCCUCGGUGCCGCAGGAACAGAACAAAAAGGAGCAGGACGCCAGGGAGAGUCCCAAUCGCCUUCCCCGCCUAAUGGACUUUCCUGAAAUCGUAUGGCCCUCGGCCCUGAACUCGCUCAAGAAUUGGAUCACGAUCCAGUUCAUCAUCCGGCCUUAUUUCGACAGUGAGUUCCAGCUAAAGGACUUCAUAUAUGGCGCCAAGCAGGCCCUGCAGGUGGUGUCCUCAAGACUGAUGGGCGGCGACCUAGACUCGCUGGAAAAGCUAGUCUCGCCCGAAGCGAUCGCGGAACUGAGACCCGUAAUACAAAAGCUCUCGAUGACCCAGCGGCGCCAGCUGGAGAUCAGAGAGAGCGACAUCUACCUCAGCUUCCCCUACCAGGUGGGCAUCAUGUUCGACGAGGCGAACGACAAGCUGCAGAAGCGCUUUGUCGAGAUCACCAUGGUCUUUCAUGUGAUGCGCGGGCUCUCCGAGAUGCGGGAACGCGGCGAGGAGAUUCCCUGGAACAUGGGCACUCUGCCCGAGUACCAAGACAAGGUGUUCAUCUGCAACUACCGCUUCAUCAAGGAAUUCACCGCCGGGCAGCAGUCUGACUGGACCAUCAACGUGGCCAACCAGUUCCGGGCCAUCGACCUGAUCAAUGAGACCAAAUAGCACAUGCUCCCGCCACCCUAGCCACCAUCCUAGCAUUCUACUAUCCGAUAUUAGAUGGUCCUUCCACCCUCGCCUUCGUUGGAAUAAAAAGUUCGUUGCCGCAUUUAGGUAUAAAAAACGA